AUUUACUUUCUCCCAAACAUAAUAUUACAUACUUUCUAUUCUCCAAUUAAUAUGGAAGUCAUAUCUACUCACACAAAUGGCUCUGCCAUCACAAUCACCACCAACGGCCACCACAAUAAUGGCAAGUCCGAUCACCGAAACGGCGGAACAAUUCAUGACAAUGGCAAUAAGCUAUUAUUGGGAAACUCCAACUCUAUUAAGCCUGGUUGGUUUUCAGAGUUUAGCGCGUUAUGGCCAGGUGAAGCAUUCUCAGUAAAAAUUGAGAAGUUGCUAUUUCAAGGGAAGUCUGAUUACCAAGAUGUCAUGUUAUUUGAGUCAGCAACUUAUGGUAAAGUUCUAACAUUGGAUGGAGCAAUUCAACACACAGAAAAUGGUGGAUUUCCAUAUACUGAAAUGAUUGUUCAUCUACCACUUGGUUCAAUCCCAACUCCCAAAAAGGUGUUGAUCAUUGGUGGAGGAAUUGGUUUUACAUUAUUCGAAGUGCUUCGUUAUUCUACCAUAGAAGAAAUAGAUAUUGUUGAGAUUGAUGACGUGGUGGUCGAUGUGUCUAGAAAAUUUUUCCCCUACCUUGCUGCUAAUUUUAAUGAUCCUCGUGUAACUCUGGUUCUCGGCGAUGGAGCAGCAUUUGUAAAGGCUGCACAAGCAGGGUAUUAUGAUGCUAUUAUUGUGGACUCUUCUGAUCCUAUUGGUCCAGCAAAAGAUUUAUUUGAGAGGCCAUUUUUUGAGGCAGUAGCCAAAGCUCUUAGGCCAGGAGGAGUUAUAUGCACACAAGCUGAAAGUAUAUGGCUUCAUAUGCAUAUUAUUAAACAAAUUAUUGCUAAUUGUCGACUAGUCUUUAAAGGUUCUGUUAACUAUGCUUGGACUACUGUUCCAACAUAUCCAACUGGUGUAAUUGGUUACAUGCUUUGCUCUACUGAGGGACCAGAAGUUGACUUUAAGAAUCCAGUGAAUCCAAUUGACAAAGAUACAACUCAUGUCAAGUCAAAAUUAGAACCUCUCAAGUUCUACAACACUGAUAUUCAUAAAGCAGCUUUUAUUUUGCCAUCUUUUGCCAGAAGUUUGAUGGAGUCUUAAUCAAAUAAAGAAUCAAGAUUGAUGGUUAGGAGUUGAGGGAUUGGAAUUCUUGAGUUUUGUUUUAUUUGUUAUAUGUAAUAAUAUCGACCUCUAGAGAUCGGUUAAUUUAUGUAAUUUUAUUUUUCAUAUCACUUACAAUAAAACUAUAGUAUACGUUACCGGGCAUCAAAUAUGAUAUGUACGUAGUAGAAGAAUUCCAUAUUAAAUAUCAGUAUUAAUUAAUUUCCUGAUUCACAAA